GCGUGUCUCCGCGUGUCUGCGCGUGUGUGUCCAUGCGUGUGAGUGAAAUGAGGUGGAGUCCUACGCCUGGGUGUUUCCUUCCAAGUGAUUUUGAUCAGCAAUCAUGGGGAAAAAAAAAAUUCUGGCUAAAAGGAUGAAAACUGAGUAAGUACACAGAACUUUGAACUUGAAGCAGAAUGCGACCAAAGGCAAGCAAAACCCUGACAGUAACCCCUCCACACUCAAACUGCUAUUCCCUUCUUGUGUUAAAGGCCGCGGAUGCUGACAGCAAAGUGGCAAUUGAAAACUGAACGAAGGGAAGCAGUUCAGAAACCGCUGAGAGCAGGGCGGCUUUCAAACCGGAGGGAAAAUGAGAAACUGCUAGGGCAACCUGGCCUGCGCCCAGCGGUGCAACAGGCACUUCGCGUUCCCUCUGCUGCGUCUUCGGGGCUCUUUUCAGACUCGGGUCCGCUUUACUGCGCUUUCUCUUUGCCCCAAAGCUGAGACAAGCUGAACUCCUAAGUUUAUGUCUGUUGUGGAAAUAAGAUAUUACCGGAAGAAACUCUUGCCAGCCCGGGAUGCAUUCGGAUGAUUUCUUACGACUCUCAUUAUUUUGACAUCUUAAAAAAAAAGAAUAAGCAAGUCGGUCACUUUUUACUGUUCUUCACGAAAGGGCUCUAAACACCUCGGACCGCUGGGACCUGUGUGAGUCUUUGGCAUGAACCUUCGGAAUGUUCUCAAGGGGAGUUGGGGCGAACUUGAUUGGAGUUGUGCAAAAAGAAGACCGAAGUGUACUUUUUUCAUGCUGACAGCGUGGCCAGGGGCCAAGUGAAGGUGAACUGGUCAUGGUCUGUCGACCAGGGUUCCUUUGUCGCCGGCGAUUUUGCCCCCGACCUUUCCUGGUGGGUUUGGUGGUGGCAAUCUGUCUCUUUUACCAGACCCUGACACUCCGAGGGGCUAAGAAGCUUGCAGCCGAGGUUCCUAGGUCUGGUCCCCGCAUACCCUCACAAACCCAGGCUAGCAGAUGCGAGCAAGACUAUCCACGGGACAAACGGUGCUUCCAUCUCUCGGCGAAUGCCCAGGAAAUCAGGAAGAUUGAAGAGUCGAUAGAAACAUACUUUGGCCAUCACAGCAGAAGGGCCAUCCUCUUCAGGCCUCCUUCGUACAGUGGAGCCGAGCUUCAGACCCUCCAGUACCUCCUCCAUCAGCAUGGCUACAGUGUUGUCACUGUUGAAGAAAGACUUGGUGCUGGCCUAGGUCUGGAGCUGCUGGACCAAGGUGAUCUGAACUCCUGGGAUGUGGUCAUUUGCCUGCCUUCCAGAGAAGCCGGUGGGAAGCCCUGCAUACCCAGGGAGCACAUGUGUCGACUAAGUCUACAUCAAAAGAUAAAUGUAUUACCAGAAAUACAGCCUCAGCUUUGCAGAAAAGAAGGCCUGUGUCAAAUGAUCAGAAGAUUUCCAGAACUGCGGCUUCCAGUGAGUCCCUCUGUGUGCCUGGAUCAGGGGACACAGUCACAGCUGAGUGCCUCCAGUCACCUCUCAAACGGAGCCAAGCCACAUAUAUGGAAACCAUGGGACUGGCAACGCGAACAGCUGAAUCACACCGCAGUCCUUGCUCCACGUGAAGCAAUCUUCAGAGCAGAAGAGCUAUCUGUGAUUCUUAAAGCCUAUGUGUUGGUGACCUCCUUAAGGCCCUUGCGUGCGUUCAUUCAUUCGACGGGCACAGUGUGGAGCCCACCAAAGAAGAAACGCUUCACUGUCAAGUUGCAAAUGUUUUUUGAGACAUUCCUAAGGACAAGUUCACCUCUGCAGGCAUUGGAUAGCAUGAAAGAAGCAAUUAGCAAGCUCUUAUUGGUGGCCGAGGUGUUCAGUGAUGCAUCUACUCUGCGACCAAAGACCAUCCAUAGAUGUAGACAGUGUUUUCAGCUUUUAACUUUUGAUAUUGGUUAUGGAGAUGUUGGAUAUCCUAUAGUGCUCCAGGUACAUGAGCACUUAAAAUUUCAAGAUGAUGAGAAUUUCAAUUUGAAGGACCAAAAUACAGAAAAAAUCCUUUUGGAGGAUACUUUCAAUUUCCUCUUCUCCAAUACAUCUUCACUUCCCUUAUUUUCUGAGCUAUUGCAGAGGUUUCAUAGAGCCGGUGCGUUUGAGGAUGGAAACUAUCAAAAGGAGCUCAAUCAGUGCCUGUCCUUAGAGGAAAUCCACUCAAUUAGGACUUUUAUAAAGGAACUUGGGAGUCUGGGAGAAUUCCAACUGCUCUUCCCAUCCACUGCUCCUGGGAUUCAGUCUGUGAUGCGUGAAUUUUAUGAUAUGGCAACUCCUGGCUCAGUACUGCCCCAAUACUGGUCUCUUUUAAAUGUAUUUGAACAAUUUUGGCCCACGAAUAAAAAGGAACAGCUACAUCCACUGGAAUGGAAUUCUUCAACAAGAAAUGAGGCCAUUGAGAAACCACAAAAGUCAUUGGAAGCAAUCAACAGUCAAAAAGAGGAAGACACACUUUGCCGUAUCAAGAAGAUCUUCACCCAUCCCCGUUUGGAACUGAGUCCCGAGUUUAAUCCAAAGAUCAAAGAUUAUUAUUGUGAAGUGCCAUUUGAUGUGCUAACAGUGAGGAUCGGAGCAGAGCCUUCUAAGUGUCAGUGCAAGGUGCAUCUGCAAGAGCGGGCUGGACCGAGCUUUGCCAAUUAUCCUCUGGGAUUAGGGAUGAACCGAAUCUCCAUGCUCGUGGUGGAUGAAUCUCUAGCAGAGGGUGACAUGGUAACCACGUAUAAACUCACCAUUUAUAGAGAAGAUCGUCCAAGUCUGCCCUUCUUUGAGGACUUCACAGCGUGCGGUUUUGCACAAGACUGUGGCUUAUUGGUUAACCCAGAAGAAGCCUGUGGGUUGCAGCCUAUUUCUUUGGACUACAUUGAAGCCAUUUCGCAGCCUACAAUAGAGAGUUGCCUAUCUGGGGACGUGAAAGGCCAGUGGAUUGUGCCUUGCCUCAGUUGCUCAGACAACAGGACCUGUGACUGGAGAGAAAUAACUUGGCAGCCACACAACUGCCAACAUGACAUCCUCACCAAGCCAGAGCUUCAGCAGUGCCUGCGAGGGAGGAAGAUUCUUUUCAUUGGCGAUUCCACCAACAGAGGAAUGAUGUACUAUCUUAUUGAGAGACUGAACGAAACCCUGCAAGAGUGGCAGAAGGUGCAUGGCACUAAACUGUAUCCCGGUGUCAAUGGGGGGAAGACUUUGAUCAGCUACUCCUACUACCCCCAGUUCUGGAUAAACCCUUCACUGAGACCAACAUUUGAGAAAGCGCUUGAGCAUCUCUUGCAAAGAUCACAUCCCCUAGAGAAUACUGACCGGACAGUAUUGGUUGUUGGUGGUGUUCAGUGGCUCAAUUCCAAUCACCUGCAAAUCAUUCACAAGGUUUUAAAGAGGGAAAACUUGCUCAAUAUCCUAGUGGUCAUCAAAACUCUGGGGAUUGGAUUUCAUCUGCCAGUGGACGGGGUGCAUUUCCUAACCCAGAGUGAAGUACGAAACUUAUAUAAAGAAAAUCAGAACAUUCUGGAAGCUGCCAAAAACUAUGGCUAUGAAGUAGUAGACACGUUCACUAUCACGAUGGGACGACACAAGGAAUUCCUGCAGGGCAAUUGUGGAUGCCAUUUCCAUGAGGUGGUUAAAUCGAAGUUAUCCAGAGAGCACCACGUUCUCAAGAUGAAAAGAUCCAAGAACCAUACUGUGGAAAAAUACUUCAGCAGUCAAAACAAACGGCACCAACAAAAUUCUGUCCCAAAUGUUCACUCACCAUAUCAUGUCAGAGGGCCAAUAAAUCAGGUUUGUUCUGAGAUCCUGUUCAGCAGGAUGUGUGCGAGUCGGCGGUCUGCGCAGGCUCCCUGAAGAAGAGGUGAAUUCAGAAUUAGAGAUAAGCCAUUCACCAGGACAAUGGUCUGAGAACCGAAUGUGCCUCACUCAUGCUUUGCAAUGACUGCACACUCACCAGUGCAAGCAUGCACACCAAAGUACACGGCUUACAAAAAAGUAAUGACACCUUUUUCUUAGAACAGAACACACUCAAAAGUGACCUUGAGCAUCCAACGUUGGUUUCAGACCCAAGGACAGAACUAUAAGGAGAUCACUUGAAAGGUGAUCACAAACUAGGACCACAUGGACCAGAUAUUGUAGUGCAAUGAUAAUCAGGACAAUGGAAAUGCAACGAUAUGGGCAGAGGGGUAAUGCCAUUCCUGCGCUAUCUGCUCCAUAGGUACACUAACGUGGGAAGAAGCAAUACAUUCCACAUGGAGGGAUAUAAUGUUUCAGCUCUUUACCAGGAGAGAGCGGGCUAUUUGUGGUGGUUUGGGCUUUGAGGAUCUAACCCUUAUGAAAAACAUUUCUUGUGAUACUUUUAAGUUCAUAAUGGAAGGGCAAGAACAGGAGAGAUACUCUGCAGGGGGAGUCAAAGGGAUUCUCUGCCUGUGAUAAGAAGUGAUAUUGUAUUGAACUCUGUGCUCUUGUGAGUUCCACAAACAUCCCUCUACGCCAGACUGUGAGCCUUGAUGGGGAGCACAGUCUAAGUUGCUGAUAGACAUAAUUUUGAAGUAUGGAACAAAAUAAAGUCCCCAUUGGUUACUUUGUUACUUUUGUGGAUACUCUCUCUGAAGAAGCUUUCCCUUGUCCCUUUAGAUGUAUCUCAUCCAAGACAGCGGUUACAUUUUAGAUAUUUUUGCAAAGGACUGCAGAUUCUCAAAUGUAUAAGAAUUUUCUAUGUACCCACAAAUAGUACUAUGUGACUAGUAUCUGUAUUUUUAUUUGAACAAAUGUGUUUAAUUUAAAUUAAAGUAGCCUUACAAGAAUUUUUAUGAAAAUUGUGGCAUAAGUAGGGAACACACCUAUUUCUAGCCUUGAAAACUUUCACUUCUGUCUUUUUAGGUACAAAAAGGGAAAUUGCCUUAAUAUACAAUUGUUUUUACGGGAUAACAUCUUACUGCUAACUAUGGUGGGUUUUAAAGAAUGAGUUGAGCCUGAGAAGAAGAAGCUGAGAGGCCUAACUCAGUAUGUAGCUAAGAUUACUCAAUGUACAAAUACCUCAAAUUCAUUGCCAUAAGAAAUGAAACUAUUUUGUUCUCUUGACCCGAGUUAUCUCGAAUGCAUAUCCACCUCCUUCAAAUACUCUAUUUUUAUAUCUAUUUUUAUAAGAACAUAAACAUGGAUUUCUAUUUAACUGUAUUAAAUUAUAUUUAAAUAUGCAUAUCACUUUGAUAAAAACAACAUAUGCAUUUAGAAAUAGUUUUUUUGAACAUCGGUACCAAAUUAACUUAAAAAUUACAUAUUUUCCAUACAUACAUCUAUAUACAAACAUGGUUUUUAGAUUUCCAGUUACUUUUUGAUGUUAUGAAAUGCAUCAAAUUUUAAUGCAUUGCAUAUUCCACGACAGUAUUACAGUUAAUGCUAGCCUUUUGUAACUCACUAGCCAUGUCACUGUAAAAACUCUCUGACUUGAGUUAGCCUGGCAUUUUCUUCUUCACCACUGAAAUAAUACUAGACCUUAGAAACAAUUGUAAUGUAUUUUCAAUAAAUGUCAAACUGGUAAUAAUCUGUGUUCAGAGAGUAUUUUAUACU